CUCCACCCUCCGCUGUCCUCCCCCUUCCCACCAGCCGGUACUGCCCGGCCCCAGUUGUCUCCGGAGUUUCCCCUGGCUGGAGCCAUAUGACAUCAGUGUUUGUUCCUCGCCCAGCGCGAGGUAGAGCAGAAGUGAGCGAGCCAGUCUUCUCCUGGCUACCUGGUAACGAAGGGCGUGGAAGUCCUUCUUAGCCCCGGGUUUUCUGGCUCAGUAUGGACUGUUCCUCUCUGGACUGUCCAUUCCUCUAAGGAGAAAUAGAGAAGGCCAGAGAGGCCUUGGCAAAGAUUGGGGAAGGCAAGGCUCCCGGGCUACAGUGGCUAGUCCGGAUGUCUGAGGCUGCACCUGCUGGGUCCUGAAGGAUGGAGUGAGGUUGAUAGUCACACUUCUGGAAGUUUCAGUUCUCUGAUGGGACUCGUUAGACUGGACCCCAGGGCUAAUGAAAGACUGGCCCAUCUAGAGUCCACCCUGAACCAGCAAGAUCAGCAGGCAGUAUAAUCCCUGGUCCUCCUUCGGGAAGGGUUAAUGUGGAAGGGGAGCACUGUCAGAAAACACUUGGUUAGGCCAGCAACCAUGGUCAUGCUCGAACUUUCCCUCUGGCCCCGCUGCUUGAGCGUUCUGGAAUCCAAGGAAGUGGCAGCUGAGCUUGUUAUGGGGCAGAGUCAGUGAUACUUUAACUUUGAGCCCAGUGAGUUCUGCUACCACUGAGGACUGCAAUGUCCCGCCCCCGUCUGUGGCGGGAUGGCAGGAGAGCGCCAUAGGCUGCCGUGCACAGCCUGUUUAUCAGGGGAACCAAGGCCUGAAGAUGGAGGUGUGUGUAGAGUUGGGGGGCUGCAGCCAGGACCCCAGGAUUUAGGUGGGUCCAUCCUUGAAACUGUUCAAGAAACACUCCCGGUAGGGCUGGAGGGUCAGUGGUGAGGGAAAAGGGGCUAACUGGCUCACUGCCAGAUGGGAACUUAGCAUGGAAAGAGUCUGUUUUUCCUUGAUCCCCAGGGGUCCACUAGAGCCCAGGACCCCUAGAUAAUGCACUUUUUUAAAAUGAGUGUCUGGUGCCAGCAGAGGUCAGAAGAGGGUCUUGGGUCCCUCAGAAUUGUAGUUAUGGAUGGUUGUGAGCCGUCAUGUGGGCGCUGGGAACCUGUGUCCUCCUCCGCAAGGGUGACAAGUGCUCUUAAGCACUGAGCGGUCUGUCCUGUCCGGCUUAUCGAUCUUGUAAGGGAGGACCCACUUUGGGUCACAGUGUAAAUGGGCAUACCCUCACUGCAACAGGAAGGCCUGGUGAGGGCAGCUCACCCAUGGCCGCGCUAGUGUGGGGCCGCUGGCUCCCAUCUCACUGCGCUGGGAAGCUUAGCUGACCCUGAGCUCGCACAGAGGCUGGGCUAGAUGCUUAGGGGUGCAGUGAACAGACAGAUCCGGGGACUGCAUCCUGGGAGACAGAGAAAAAGAGCCCAAAAGCUGAGUACAAAUCAGCAGCUGAGAUAGGGGCCACGAAGGAGAAGUUACUUCGGCCUCAGUAGUAACAGGGCUCCUACUUAGCCAGGGCAAUCAUGGAAGGUUUCCCUGUGGAGGAGGCUAGGGAGUAGAGUCUGAUGGUGCGGUCAUUCGGGACUCAGCACAGGGCUUGGCACACAGCAGGUGCUUCUUGGAUAUGUGGAUAGUUGAGGAAAUGGGCAGUGAGUCCAGGGAAGCAGAUAGCAAGAUUGUGAGCUGUAGGAGUCUUGAAGGAAUGUCCCCCAAAAUGAGCAGGUCCUGUAGGGCGCAGGUAGCUUCCUCCUUCACACACAGAGCCUGCGUUCCUUUUGGCCAGUAGUCAUCAGGAAAUCUAAACUGCUCAUUUGUUGCUUAUUAGCAAAAAGAAUGCUGGGAGAGGAAGGGAACAUGUUAUCAUGGAGGCUCCUCUGUGGACGGGGCAGCUGAUAGCAUGGACCCUGUGGUUUUGAUUUUUUUCCAAAGAUUCGUUUAAAGUUCAUUUCUAUUUACAUAGGUGUGUGUGCCUUAGUGGGUUUAUGUGUACCACAUGUGUGCAGAUGGCUGUGGAGGCCAGAGGGUGUCAGACCCCUGGAACUGCAGUUGCUGGUGGACAUGAUCCACUUGACUUGGUACUGAGGCCAGAACCCGGGUCCUCUGCAGGAGCAGCAGGUGCUCUUAGCCACAGCGCCAUCUCUCUGGCACUAUGUUUGUUUUGUGAUACAGGGUCUUAUGUAGCCUGAGCCGGCUUUGAACUUCUGGCCUUCUGAUUUCUGCCUCUUGAGGUGUAGGUGACCACACCUGACUAGCACAAGGUCUCGAAACAUGCCAAACAUGGUCAAGUUUGUAGGUAUGUGUCUCCAGUGACCCCUUUGACGCUAUUGGAGGUGGAGGUAGAGGCAGAGGAGGGGGUAAGGCAGUGGUGAGGCCACUGUGGUCUUGGUUUGGCUGGAAGAGGAAGUGGCCCCUAGCUGUGCAGGUGGAGGAGAAGGGAGGUCAGUGCUCACAGCCUGGCUGCUUGUACUCUCAUGCUUCUGCCUCCAGGAAGCCUUCCCUGGUUUCCUUUCCUUUCGUGCGGUGCCUCCACCCUGCGGGAGGCGUUGGGAGCUUUCCACUGGGCCAGAAUCUGACAGACUAAAAGUCGGCCAUUGUCAUCGCUGGGUGGUUGGUGCCUUAGCAUCAGGGGAGUCUGGGCCAGAGAAAGGGAGUGACAGCUUGAGGUCACACAGUGAGACUGUGGGUGGCAGAGCGGGGCUGGAACCCCAGGAUGCGUCCCUGCACUGCUCAGUUCUCCCAGUCUUGCGCCCUCCAGCAGGGAGGAGGCGGCCCGUGCUCACUGCCAAGACCCAGGCAAACACAUUUUUUCCCUCUGUCCUCACCAAGUAAGCAGUGUGGCUCAGCAGCCGGAGAGGAGCCCAUGCCAGUGGGUGGGCCGUCUGCAGGAUGUCUCGGGUGUACAGCUGAGGGGCCCGGGACAGGGACAGGAAGGCCAUGGCCCCGGGCUGCUCAGCCAUCAUGACCCGAGAAUGAGCUCACUCCUGGGUCUCCAAAGAAUACUAGGAACCUCAGACCUGGAGUUGGCCCUACUGGCUUCCCCAGGAAGAAGAAAAGCCUGGAGGGUGGGGUCCCUGGAUCGGGCAGACUGGUGGCAGUGGAGCCUCCUGGCCUUGUGUCCUGCAAGCUGGGGCCUGCGGCUAGAAGCCGAAAGUCAAAGGUCUCCAGCCCAAAGGGCACCUUCUGCAAAAAUGUCUGUGGAUCCCUUAUCCAGCAAAGCCCUGAAGGUCAAGCGUGAGCUGAGCGAGAACACGCCGCACCUGUCGGAUGAGGCGCUGAUGGGGUUGUCGGUGCGCGAGCUGAACCGAAACCUGCGCGGUCUGUCGGCGGAGGAGGUGACACGGCUGAAGCAGCGGCGUCGCACACUCAAGAACCGCGGCUAUGCGGCCAGCUGCCGUGUGAAGCGCGUGUGCCAGAAGGAGGAGCUGCAGAAGCAGAAGUCCGAGCUGGAGCGCGAGGUGGACAAGCUGGCGCGCGAGAACGCCGCCAUGCGCCUGGAGCUCGACGCGCUGCGCGGCAAGUGCGAGGCGCUGCAGGGCUUCGCACGCUCGGUGGCUGCCUCCCGCGGGCCCACCGCACUGGUGGCGCCCGCCAGCGUCAUUACCAUCGUCAAGUCGGCGCCAGGCCCCUCCCCUGCUCCUGACCCCGCCCCCCUGCUCUUAGUACCCGCCCCUUUCCCCCCCCGGCACCGCCCCUCUGACCCGACUCCCUUACCAAAGUGCCUGAGCGCCUCCUGCUCCAAGUCCGUUUCUCUGCCACUGCUACCCAGUGUGGUGACUUCACAUUCCUUUCCUGGGCUCUUUUUAACUCUUGCAGACCCCCAAACUGGGACCUGAUGGCCCUGGGGAGGGGCAGCUUUGCUAAAUUGAGGGGAGGGCGUUGGGGUCCUGGGUUUCCUUGGGCUGAAAGUCCAUCUCGGAUGGGAAGGAGGUGGUGUAGAGAUGGUCCGGAGAAGAGUUGGCAAGAGAGGCUUUGGAUUGCACCAGCAUGCCCUUCCGUCCCUCCCAGGACUUAGGGCUGGGUGUGACCUUGUGGGGGUGCCUUGCUGGGAAGCAGAACUCGAGACCUCCCAACUCUGCUUGGGACCUGGGAAUGUCAGGCUUUCCCAAGCUAAGAGUCUUUGGGCUGACCAGUGAAGCUCAGUUGACAGAUGGGGAAGCUGUCAAGGCAACGUGACCCAUGACCACACAGCAGCCUGACAUGGGGCCUUCUCACUGCUAACAUUCCAGCCAUGGAUUGACUGCAGAGGGGAAUGGAGUUGUAGGAGGGCCUCUCCGGCCUGGGAGACCUUUGUCUAUGUGGUGGGGGAAGAGAAGCUGAGGGAGAGAGGAGGUGACACAAAGGGACUCGGUGAGGAGCCGGCCAGCCAGAGGAGGGGCAUUGGAGAUGACCUCUGUGGUAGGUGGAGACAGACACUGGUCCUGGCGCGGGGAGUGGAGGAAAGGGGCCUUGGAAUCAAGGCUUCCUUUGGUCCUGAGUAUCUGUGGUGGUUGUGGGGGUUGACUAUCGGUCCCCUGGGAAGUCUGGCCAGCACCUCCCUGAUACUGUAUACAGCUGAACCCUCCCACUCUUAUUUAUUGCACGAAUCUAAGUUAUUCUAACCAGCCAGAGCCCAGCUUCUCUUCCCUGGGAAAUAUGUGGGCCCUGGGCUGGACUUUAUAUUUUAUAUCUACAAAUAAAUCACAUUUAAUCUUAUAUUUAGGGAAAGCUGGAUGGCGAAAACAGCAAGGUUUUUAAAAAAAAAAAAACUACCCAGCUCCCAGAGUUAUUUAUUUUCUGACUUAAAGUGAGCCAGUUAUCUGCCUUGAGUAUUUUGUAGACUUACUGAAUAAAGUCGAGUUCUUUUCCACA